CAACACUUGAAGAGUGGAAAGAAGCUCUAAUCUAAUAUGUACCAGGAAGAUUUUGGGAACAUGACUGAAGGGACCAGGAACAGCAGUGACCCCUCUUCCGCCUUCGUUCACACCAGCACCAUGAGUGCCAUUCUGGUCACUGUCUACUCAGUUGCCUUUGCUGGAGGUGGAAUUGGGUCCAUCACAAUGUCCUUUGCGCUCCUCAAGAUGAACACUCUGUCUGUGACCACGACUGCCAUCAUUAACCUGGUCGUUGUGCACAGCCUCCUCCUCUUCACAGUGCCCUUCCGCCUCCACUAUUAUGUCAAAAAGAAGUGGGUAUUUGAUAUGCCAUUUUGCAAAAUGGUGAGUGCCAUGGUGCACAUCCACAUGUACCUGACCUUCAUAUUUUAUGUGAUCACACUGGUGAUCCGCUGGCUCAUCUUCUUUCAGUGGAGGGACAAGGUGGAGUUUUACAGGAAGCUGCAUGCCAUUGGGGCAAGCGCUGCUGUGUGGGUCUUUGUCAUGGUCUUUGGGGUGCCACUCUUCUACUUUGAGUAUGGACGCUCAGGCUUAUACAAUAAUACAACAUGCUUCAAGUUCCACAAAGAACUACAGCACAAGAGCGUGAAAGCCCUGAACUACACCAUAAUUGUAGCUGUUGCCCUCAUUUCUUGUGUCCUCUUGAGCUUGCAGAUUUUUAUCCUGGUAAAAGUGGCGAGAAAAUUUUCCACCUCUCUCUGUUCACACCAAGAAUUCUGGGCCCAGGUGAAAAACUUGAUUUUCAUCUGGAUCAUCAUAAUUUGGUUCCUUCCCUAUCACCUGUUCAGGGCCUACUACAUACAGUAUGUGAGUGAUUUUGACCAGUUAGAAAGCUACAAUGAGGUCUUUUUGAGCCUGACUGCUCUGAGCUGUCUGGACCUGCUGUCAUUCGUGCUGAGUGGAAGCCGCUUCUUCAAGCAAAAUGUGUGGAUGCUCCACAGAAGGUUGUCAUGCUGCUAG